UUUCGCAGCGAGAUCGGCGCUCAGAUCGAGAGAGCGAGCUAGCGGGUUUUUUUUUUUGCGCGAAGCCGAGAAGAAAUGAAGGGAUAACUUUGCGGGUGCUGCGACCGAGCCGUGGAGAUAGAAGGAGAGAGAAGCGACCGCGCGCAGCGGCGGAGGAGAGAUUCGCGAGCCGACCGGCAUGGCGUGGAGUCGGUGUGUCUGCGCGGCGCUGCUGGUGACCUUGACUCUGACGCUGUCUCUGGGUCAGCCAGAAUUGCGAAAUGAGUGUCUUUUGGCCAACGCGAAGUCAUGCGGUGAAUGCAUCCAGACAGGGAGCCGCUGCAGCUGGUGCACAAAAUCUAACUUCACCGAGGUCGGGGAGCCCAACUCGGCACGCUGCGACUACGUGGAGAACCUGCGCGAGCGGGGCUGUGGCGCGGAGCGCACGGAGAAUCCCCGGGGCAGCCAGGCGCUGCUGCUCGACCGCCCGCUCAGCGAGCGUGGGCAAAAGCUAUCGCCCGACCACAUCACACAGGUCGCCCCGCAGAGACUCACGCUGCGCCUGCGGUCGGGUGAGCCGCAGGUGUUCAACGUGACGUUCCGCCGUGCAGAGGACUACCCCAUCGAUCUCUACUACCUGAUGGACCUGUCCUACUCCAUGAAGGACGACCUAGAGAACGUGAAGAAGCUCGGCACGGAGCUGCAGCGCAGGAUGAAGGACGUGACCAGCGACUUCCGCAUCGGGUUCGGUUCCUUUGUGGACAAGACGGUGAUGCCAUUCAUCAGCACAACGCCCGCCAAGCUGCGCAACCCGUGCGGCACCCGCGAGGAGGUGUGCACCAGCCCCUUCAGCUACCGCAACGUGCUGCCGCUCACGAGCAAUGGCAGCCUGUUCAACGAGCUCGUGAGCCUCCAGAAGAUCUCGGGGAACCUCGACUCUCCCGAGGGUGGUCUGGACGCCAUGAUGCAGGUCGCUGCGUGCGAGGACAACAUCCGUUGGCGCAAUGUGACGCGCCUGCUCGUGUUCUCCACGGAUGCCGGGUUCCACUUUGCGGGCGACGGGAAACUGGGUGGCAUUGUCAUACCCAAUGACGGGCACUGCCACCUGGACAGGGAGGGCGGCUACACGAAGAGCGAUGUCUAUGAUUACCCGUCCGUUGCGCAGCUGGUGCAGAAGCUGGGGGACAAAAACAUCCAACCGAUCUUUGCUGUCAACAAUGAGUUCCACGACGUCUACAGGAGCCUGAGUGAGUUGAUCCCCAAGUCAGCAGUAGGCGUGCUUUCUUCCAACUCGUCCAAUGUGAUCCAGCUCAUCAUCGACGCCUACAAUGCGCUGUCGUCGGAGGUGAUCCUGGAGAACACGAAGGUGCCGGAGGGAGUGCACGUGGCCUACACGGCGCACUGCAAGUACGGCGAGACGCGCACGGGCGACGGUGGCCGCGCCUGCUCCAACAUCCAGAUCGGCGACGAGGUGACGUUCAGCAUCAGCGUGACGGCGACGCGGUGCCCGAACGAGGGCGAGGACGCGCGCCUCACCAUCCGCCCGCUCGGCUUUAACGAGAAGGUGGAGGUGACGCUGCAAUUCGUGUGCGAGUGCGCGUGCCACUCGCUCGGAACAGCCGACAGCCCUGAGUGCAGCCAGGGCAACGGGCGACUUGAGUGCGGCGCUUGCCGGUGCAACGAGGGUCGCAUCGGACGGCUGUGCGAGUGCAGCAAAGACGAGGUGAACUCGGAGGACAUUCAGGCGACAUGCAAGCGCGACAACUCGUCGUCGGUGGUGUGCAGCGGGCGCGGUGACUGCGUGUGCGGCGAGUGUGUGUGCCACAAGCGCGACAACGCCAACGAGCACGUCUUCGGCAACCUGUGCGAGUGCGACGACUUCUCUUGCGACCGGGCCGCCGGGAAGAUCUGCGGCGGUAAUGGUAUCUGUGACUGCGGCCACUGCGUGUGCUUCCCCAACUUCACGGGGAACGCGUGCGACUGCGCGCUCGGCACACACGGCUGCGAGGGCCGCGGAGGUCAGAUCUGCAAUGGGCGCGGUGUGUGCGAGUGCGGCAAGUGCCGGUGCUCAGAGCCACGCUACCAGGGCGCAACCUGUGAGCUGUGCCCCACCUGCCCGGAGGCGUGCGAGGAGCACAAAGACUGCGUGCAGUGCGCCGCAUUCGCUAACGGGCCUCGCAAGGAAACGUGUGAAGAGUGUGGCCUGAAGGUGCGCGUUGUGCCCGAGCUGACGCAGCCGGGUGCCGUGCAGCAGAUCGUGCACUGCAAGCAGAAGGACGAUGACGACUGUUGGUUCUUCUUCACGUUCACUGGCUCUGGCAGCAACGCAUCCGUCGAGGUGCAGGAGAAGAGAGAGUGCCCCGCGGAGCCCAACGUGCUGGCGAUCAUCGCGGGCGUUGUGGCCGGCAUCGUUCUCAUUGGCCUCGCACUGCUGCUCAUCUGGAAGCUGCUGACAUCCAUCCAUGACCGGCGCGAGUUCGCCAAGUUCGAGAAGGAGAAGCUCACUGCCAAGUGGGACACGGGAGAGAACCCAAUCUACAAGAGUGCGGUCACCACAGUGGUCAACCCCAAGUACGGCGGAAUCCAGUGAAUACAGUCUGCAUGGGUGGGAAGGCAGGCGAUGGACUCUGCUACGACCUUCUCUCGUCCUCGCUCCCUCUCUCUCUCUCAUCUCCUCUCCCUCCCUCCUUGCAGGGGCACCCACACCUCCUGUCAUACACAGCCACUAUACCUGCAGCAGCAGCAAUUCUGCCUAUGCUCACUGCUUGACACAAGCCUCCCACAUGUUGAGCCGAUUGUUUCUGGCCCUGCACCGUAUAGGAUAUUUCAAUUCACGGCUACCAACGCAGUAUUAGUGAACGUACGUUGUUACGCAAGUGUUAAGUUGGAUGUAAAAAUAAAAUCUCAUCUUCUUGAAAAUAUAUGCUACACCCCAGAAUCACGAGUCCCUUUUGGAGGCAUCUGGCAUUCUCGGUUCUUUAAUUGGAUCCUAAUCAAGGCUGAGGAAUGGCCCACCGGUGAGACCAAGCAAUGUGAGAUGAUUUCGAGUAAUGAGAGCAGCUUGUGCGAGCAACGCCUUGUGUCAUGCUGACAUACAGAACCAGAAUCUUUAGACUGCAGGAAUCCGAUGAACUAUGAAGUUAUUUUCACAGAUGUCUAUGUCAAAACGCACUGGGCUCUCCGUAUUGUGAAACUCAAUCGCAACUCAUGUAGAGAAAUUCUAGAAAUGCUCAAUUUAUUGACAAAUUCACACAUUCACGACAUGCUUUUUCAGCACUUUUUACUGCAUCGGCCAGCAGUCACCAGCGCCAUUGUCUCUUACUGUUGGCUCAUGCAUUGUUUGUGAACGCUCGAGUGAUUAAUUGAAACAAUGCGUGUUGAUGCCACUAUAUUAAAGAGGUGCGAUUUUAAAAGUAUUAUAAAACAACAAUGAUGUGAUGAUUGACGAUUAUGAUCAUCGCAAUUACGACUUAAUUUUAUGAUGAUCGUGAUCAUCACAAUUACUAUGACAUUUAAUGUCAAAUUCCUGAUCAUGCACAAGAGUUACACGUGGGAGGUGCACAUACAUACAUUCAUACCUUCAGACCCAGGGUGCUUCUAGGUACAGUCUCAGGGCCUGGUGCAGUCAUGGUUCCUGUGCAUUCAAGAGGUGUACGUAGUGUAGCACGCUCACCGCUCGCUGGUUGAAGGGCACAACGCGCCCAUCUCCACCAUCCAAAUAUUUUGUGUAAAUGUUCUACGUUAUGUCGUUUUGUGUUUGUUUCUUUGAUACUGUAUUCCAUUUUCAUAAUCGUAUCGUUUUCUUUUAUUUGCUCCAGCAGCAUAGUAUAACUUUCAUCUGUAUUUUAUAUGUAAGGCCGCUUAAUUUCAGUGCUUGGCAGCUUUCAGUUAUCAUCACAGAGCGAUAUAUCACUGAAAAUGCGUUUAGCUGAAACCUCUUCUUACACGAUAGAGCGCGAUAUAAAUGCUAUUCCCUUCAUUAGAAAAAACCUGCACCUCGUUUGUUCGAUAGUUUCUGUAGUUUGCACUGGUGGGGUACGUGGUCUGCACGUACCUUUAUAUCACACGUAUCGCACCCCUAAAUCGCGCUUUGUGUAAAAAAAUUCUGUAUAUACAAAUUAUGCACACAUAUGUACUGUAUAUAUCUAUGCACAUAUGCACACAGUCUGUAUAAAUAUAAGUAUGCUUAAAGCAAGACACGUUCCCAUGUUGGCAGCCGCUACAAAUUUGUAUCCACGUACCACUCUUUGGAUUGUAUCGGCGAUAGACACAUGCCCAAAUCUGAAACAAGUCUUGCUGAGCCAUCCCGUAGUAGCCGGCGUGCAGAUUGAGAACUUGCAACCUAGGCUUUACAUUGGGGGUAAAAGUAAUAACUCUGAAGAUAAGCCAUAAGUCGAUACCGAUUGUCGUCUUUGGUCCAAUUGCAUUCGAUGAGUGUGCUGGUGGUAAGGCCCUGCUCAAUUUCAGCUGGAGCAGUCCCCGACGCUGUUCCAGGAAUUAUCUUGGCGUGCCUCAUCCAUCUUGCCUUAUUUUGUCCUCCGUUUUUUUUGUAAUAAGCCUGUUUAUAGGAAUACAGGGUACAACAGUAACAUAGAAUUAUUACGGAUAGGCGUACCUUGUACCCCUCGUGGUAGUGCCUUACGCCAAUAAUCCCUAUAUCAAAGCCAGUCUAUGGCAGCGAUCCGGGAAAUGUCGGGUGAGAAAUGAAGCCCAGGCAGUGGGAGUCAUUGUGAUAUCUACAUAAAGAUAGCUGCUGAGCACGAUACUUGAUGUGAACAACGAACAUUUGUGAAGCUGUAAAUGAUUGGAUUUCACAAUUGAAAACCGCUAUGAAGUUGUUGGUAAUGGGGUAGUAAUUAUUUAGCAGUAUCAGUCGCGAAUCAAUAACGUCUCGGAGAAUUCCAAGCACCCCCUGUGGUGUCAUAUUCAUGGGAAGGUGACAGCCAUAAGUAACCACGUCAGUGUAGCCAAAAUGUCAGGAAAUAGUUUGUAAGAGGCCUCUGAAAAAGCACAGGUGACAACUGGAAAAUGUGAGGACCCUUGAUGAAGAAUAUGAAUACCUUGAUGAAAUGUUGAGUCAAAAUGUAUGAGCCGAUGUGUAAUCGAGAUUCAUAAUCGGUCUCGUGCGUUGUCAAUUGCAAAACCCAGUGCAAUUGAAGCAUCCACCCUCUUCAGUUAUUUUCACGUAUUGCAAAACUGUUCUGUACAUUAAAAACCAUAAAUAAAUGUUU